GGUCUGAGGCUGAUUUUCAAACCGUUUGCAAAGCGCGGCUCCAUUGUUCGCCGGGCGCGCAGGCCCCACCCCCUGCUUUGUGUGCGGCGCGCGGAUUGGCCGGCGAGCGCGGGGGCCGCGUCAGCGCCCGCGAGCCCAUUCAUCUGUGCACUUGGGCGUUGGACCCCGCAUCUUAUUAGCAACCAGGGAGAUUUCUCCAUUUUCCUCUUGUCUACAGUGCGGCUACAAAUCUGGGAUUUUUUUAUUACUUCUUUUUUUUAAAAAACUACACUUGGGCUCCUUUUUUUGUGCUCGACUUUUCCACCCUUUUCCCCUCCCUUCUGCGCUGCUGCUUUUUGAUCUCUACGACUAAAAUUUUUUAUCCGGCGUGUAUUUAAUCGGUUCUGUUCUGUCCUCUUCACCACCCCCACUCCCCCCUCCCUCCGGUGUGUGUGCUGCUGCCGCCGCUGCUGCUGCCGCUGGUGCUGCCGCUUGCCCCGUCGUUACACCAACCCGAAGCUCUUUGUUCCCCCCUUGGAUCUGUUGAGUUUCUUUGUUGAAGAAGCCAGCAUGGGUGCCCAGUUCUCCAAGACCGCCGCGAAGGGAGAAGCCACCGCGGAGAGGCCCGGGGACGCGGCUGUGGCCUCAUCGCCUUCUAAAGCGAAUGGGCAGGAAAAUGGCCACGUGAAGGUAAACGGCGACGCUUCUCCCGCGGCCGCCGAGCCCGGCGCCAAGGAGGAGCUGCAGGCCAACGGCAGCGCCCCGGCGGCCGACAAGGAGGAGCCCGCGGCCGCCGGGAGCGGGGCGGCGUCGCCCGCCGCGGCCGAGAAAGAUGAGCCGGCCGCCGCUGCCCCCGACGCCGGGGCCAGCCCCGUGGAGAAGGAGGCCCCCGUGGAGGGCGAGGCCGCCGAGCCCGGCUCACCCACGGCCGCCGAGGGGGAGGCCGCCUCUGCCGCCUCCUCGACGUCUUCGCCGAAGGCUGAGGACGGGGCCACGCCCUCGCCCAGCAACGAGACCCCGAAAAAAAAAAAGAAGCGCUUUUCCUUCAAGAAGUCUUUCAAGCUGAGCGGCUUCUCCUUCAAGAAGAACAAGAAGGAGGCAGGAGAGGGCGGUGAGGCCGAAGGGGCCGCCGGCGCCUCCGCCGAAGGCGGCAAGGACGAGGCCUCUGGGGGCGCCGCUGCGGCCGCCGGCGAGGCGGGUGCGGCCCCCGGGGAGCCGACAGCGGCGCCAGGCGAGGAGGCGGCCGCGGGCGAGGAGGGGGCGGCGGGGGGCGACCCGCAGGAGGCCAAGCCCGAGGAGGCUGCCGUCGCGCCCGAGAAGCCGCCCGCCAGCGAGGAGGCUAAGGCCGUCGAGGAGCCCAGCAAGGCUGAGGAGAAGGCAGAAGAGGCCGGGGUCAGCGCGGCCGGCUGCGAGGCGCCCUCGGCCGUCGGGCCCGGCGUGCCCCCAGAGCAGGAGGCGGCCCCGGCGGAGGAGGCGGCGGCCGCCCCGGCGUCGUCAGCCUGCGCAGCCCCUUCACAGGAGGCCCAGCCCGAGUGCAGUCCAGAAGCGCCCCCAGCGGAGGCAGCCGAGUAAAAGGGCAAGAUUUUUUGAGAUAAUCGAAGAACUUUCUCCCCCCGUUUGUUUGUUGGAGUGGUGCCAGGUACUGGUUUUGGAGAACUUGUCUACAACCAGGGAUUGAUUUUAAAGAUGUCUUUUUUUAUUUUACUUUUUUUUUAAACAACGAAUUUUGUUUUUAACCCACUCCCCACAGAUCCCAUCUCAGAUCAUUCUGUUACCACCAUUCCAACAGGUCGAGGAGAGCUUAAAUACCUUCCUCUGCCUUGUUUCUCUUUUAUUUUUAUUUUUUUGCAUCAGUAUUAAUGUUUUUUGCAUACUUUGCAUCUUUAUUCAAAAUUGUAAACUUUCUUUGUCAAUCUAUGGACAUGCCCAUAUAUGAAGGAGAUGGGUGGGUCAAAAAGGGAUAUCAGAUGAAGUGAUAGGGGCCACCACGGAGAAAUUUAAGUGGUGCAUAACAUUGCCAAGAUAAUGUACCACUAGAAAUGAUGGUGUAAAGGCUUAGUCUUUUUUUUUUUUUAAGAAAAGUUAUUACGAUGUAUUUUGUGAGGCAGGUUUACAACACUAAAAGUCUUGACUAAGAAGGAAAGAGGAAAAAAAAAAACACCGAUACCCAGAUUUUUAAAAAGAUCAUAGUCUUAGGAGUUCAUUUAAACCAUAGGAACUUUUCACUUAUCUCAUGUUAGCUGUACCAGUCAGUGAUUAAGUAGAACUACAAGUUGUAUAGGCUUUAUUGUUUAUUGCUGGUUUAUGACCUUAAUAAAGUGUAAUUAUGUAUUACCAGCAGGGUGUUUUUAACUGUGACUAUUGUAUAAAAACAAAUCUUGAUAUCCAGAAGCACAUGAAGUUUGCAACUUUCCACCCUGCCCAUUUUUGUAAAACUGCAGUCAUCUUGGACCUUUUAAACACAAAUUUUAAACUCAACCAAGCUGUGAUAAGUGGAAUGGUUACUGUUUAUACUGUGGUAUGUUUUUGAUUACAGCAGACAAUGCUUUCUUUUCCAGUCGUCUUUGAGAAUAAGGAAAAAAUCUUCAGAUGCAAUGGUUUUGUGUAGCAUCUUGUCUAUCAUGUUUUGUAAAUACUGGAGAAGCUUUGACCAAUUUGACUUAGAGAUGGAAUGUAACUUUGCUUACAAAAAUUGCUAUUAAACUCCUGCUUAAGGUGUUCUAAUUUUCUGUGAGCACACUAAAAGCGAAAAAUAAAUGUGAAUAAAAUGUACAAAUUUGUUGUGUUUCUUUAUGUUCUGAUAAAAUACUGAGACUUUGAGGUCCUGGUUUCAUUUUGAAAAAGAUCUUGCAUGCCAUCAAGAGUAAAUUUUUCUUGUGGUUUUUAAUCUGAAGUUUUUCAAACUCGUAAAUUUAUAAUCAGUAGUAUCAGAUUACGUACAGGAAUAUCUUACAACAUUCCAUGUCAAAUCUGUUAACAUCUGCAUUUAGUUUUCUUUAAAAAUUGGUUAUUUUUAUUGUAGUUAUAUAUAGCAUGUCAGGAUGAAUCAUUUAAUACAAAAGUGGUAUGAACUGAAGACUAUUUAAAUGUCUUAUGUGAAAAUGUCAUAAAAUUACAUUUUUUUUUUGUCAUGCGGAUCCCAAAACAAAUUUAUACUGAGAAUAUAUUCAAUUCAAACUGGAGGUGGGUCAUGAAAAGUGACCGAAAGUGUUUUAAAAACUGAUGGUGUAUUACCUGCCAUUGUAAUUGCUUAGUGCUUGGCUAAUUUCCAAGUUAUAGCUUAGAGUAUGCAUUAUACUUUAGGAGAACAAGCUUAAUGUAAAGAAGUAAUGGUGAUGAAUGGACGAUACUGUUGGUUUAUGGGCCUUUGUACUUGCCUCAGUUCAAUAGUUGCAAGCAUUUUUUUUUUUUUUUAAUGAAAAUAGUGUGUUAGUAUCUUGUUAUUCAAAGGAAAAGAUAGAGAAUAAAAUUUCUUUGUAUAGUAAUAAUUUACUAGUUAACCUUCUUUGCUCUUUACCACCCCAUAACUGGAUUUAUUUUCUUCACUGGACCUUAAACAACUGAAUUUUAAGAUAAAUAUGGGUAUCAAAUAUUACUUCACUAAAUGCAAAGAAAAACAUUUAUGCAUACCUGCUUUGCUGUUUUUGAGCAGUGUGCCUUGUAGGGUGAACCACGUUGGUAAUAACUGAAUGCCAGAUCUUAAACUCAUUAGAAAAAUAACAAAUUAGUUUCUGACAUGUGCUUUUAAUUGGAAUAAUGGAUUAUAAAUAAUAGUUCAUGACCUCUUUACCAACACCCUCCCCACUAAUAAAAUCAAAUAACACUUGGAAGAGUGUGUACUUUUAGUUGGGGUUCCUUGAUCUUGGAGGACGUUUAAAAGACAAAUACGGUAACCAAAGGACUGCUUUAUGGGGUCUUCUACCUUACCAACUUUUCCUCAAAUACCUACUUGGACAAGUACAGCACUUGGUAUGUGGUAGGACUCAGAAAAAAAAAAUGGAUUUAAAAAAGUAACCCUGAGUAGUCAAAAAUACUAUGUAGCCAACUAUAUUGCUAGGUCUGUUUUUUUUUAACAGCUGGAGUUUAUUAAGAUGCUUACUUUGAUUUUAAUCAUUGCCUAAAACACUUUGGGUGGUAUCGAUGGAGUGGUGGAUUUUCCACCAAAUGAUUAAGUGAAAUUUGACAUAUAUCUUUUCAUCCAAAGUUUUGUACAUCACAUUGUUUUCUAAUGGAGAAAUGUUAAUAUGGCUUUUUGUAUUACUAAAAUAGCUUUGAGAUUAAGGAAAAAUAAAUAACUCUUGUACAGUUCA